AUGGAGGAAGUACCUGAAGGCUUGCUUUCGACUACAAAGAUUCUCCCGUCGGUGCUUGAUGAUUCGUUGCCAGUGGAUGUUCAGGAUAUUACACUCUUAUGGAAAGCGUACAAUGUCAAGCCCUCGGCGCUCGAAGGCAUCAUUGGAUACAGAUUGGAGAACUUCUUUUGGAGGAUUUGGAGCAAUGAACGUCUACGCAUCUCUCUUCCCGGCGCGACUGUGGCCAAGUUGUUUAUGCGCAUCUCUGAGUCCAACGCCUCAAAAACCUCAUCGAACACAAAUCCAUCUCUGAGGAAGAACAAGAGCGAGGGAAAGUUGCCAGAGCGUCUCAACAACCAGGCAGCUCAUAGAGGGCCUCUGCAUUCCAUUUUGAAGAAACCCAAUGCCGCUCCGAAGGAAACGCCUAAGACGACACGUUGGCUCAUAAUAGACAACGAUGACAAGGAUAGUACUUGCGAACCAGUGAGCUCAGCAACUGCUAUUGCUCCUGCAACAGACGUGUCUACUAGUCGCCAUAGUCACAAAAAGACGCAAUUUGUCGCGAGUAAGACAGCAAAGGGUUUGAAGCGGCGACCUGUCAUCCUUCGUCGCAAGUCCUCUCAGUCGACCUCUGGCUCCAAGUCUACUCGUACUCAAAGCCCGCAGCGUGGACUAUCCACAAAGAGAGCAGAGAACACAGAGGAAUAUGUCGACCCGAAGGUACACUGGCCGGAUCGGCGAGAAAUGACUCGUAGCCCGUCUCCCGAGCUGAAAGAAGCCAUACCACUACCACAACACAUUGAAGAAAUCAUGCCAGGAGACCAGCCAGAGCUGCCACCGACCUUCCUAACCAACCUGAAACUCCUUCUCAGGCUGAGGCCGCGAACAGCGAGUUACAAAACCGCGCCUCUCACCAUGGGCUUCCGGUCACAGAUCCCCAACAAGUUCCGCGACAUUCGCUACCUGUAUAUCGAAUACUACAGGCCACCGCCACGAGCCAUCGUUCACGCCGAGUUCCGAGCUCUCUUCCUGGAGAGAAUGUGGGAGGAACAGGUCUUUUUGGCCUCCUUCUUGGAUAAAGAGAACCUGCAAGAGGAGCAGCAAUCCUUCGGUAGCGAGGGAACCAGUCUUAGUACGACGGUUGAUUCGUCGACCUUCGGCAACUCGGACGGCAAUGCUUCGACAGCGCCCACCUCCAUUCUCGAUGACUCGAUGACAAGCAACUACUGUGGCAACGCGGCAGAGCCGCUCGACGGCUUUCUCAACGACGCGGGAGAAAUACCCAGAUCUUUCUUCCAUUAUACGCCCUCGCCGCUGCCACGGCUGGUGAGCCUGCUUGGUAUGAUGAUUGAAGAGCAGCGCAGGAACGGCACGCUCCAAUACGAAAAGAUUGAUCCGGAGGAGGAGAACUUGGGACCGGUUAAAUUGCCCCGGUGUUAUUAUGACACGCUCAGUGAAUGGAACUAUCACGACUAA